CGCGCCGGAUAAAUAACCCCCGGAAGCGAGGGCGUCGAACCAGCAUCUGGUUCCUUCCGCGAUCAGCCGAAGCAAAGCGUGUCAGAAUUCAGGUAGAUAGCAACUACUCCUAGGCGAGGCGAUGGCCCCGAGCGCGUCGAUGCUGUUCCUCAGCUACCACCAGCUCCACCACUGCCCGGCGGCGGCGCCGGCGCACGAGGAUGGCGGCGCCGGCGGUGGCGUCCGGUUGGGAUUCAGCAAUGUGUUCCUCUCCUCCCUUGCCGCCCUGGCGCCGCUGCCGCGACGGGAGGCCGCGGUGGCGAAGGAGGCCGUGGGCGGAGAGAGGGGGCAGAGAGCGCGUGUCGCCGACGACAGCGAGGAGGCCGCCGCGCUGGAACGCAAGUUCGACGAGGCGCUGCGGCUCAGCUGCUGGUCGUCUUGAAAGCAUCUUCCGCCUCGUGGUCGUGUACCUGCUGUACGUAGCUUUGGGCUCUUGGCCGUGUAAAUCAGCAAGAAGAGAUGGCAUGUGCCGAUUGAUACCCGAGGCAGGACGUGUAGAUAAAACGAAAAAAUGUUAACUGCGGAGUACUCCGUACUACUCGGAAUUGGUAAAUUUGGUGUAGCAAUGUAUAUAUGCGAAUUUUUCUUUUCCUUUUUGGAAUCUCGGUAUGACUUCGGUUCUUGGAAAGUGGAUGCUAAUGGAAGUUCAGAAUCGAGUUUUGGAUA